AAAACACACAAUAAUGAUAAAAUAAUUACAGAAAGCCAGAAGGAAUAAAAUACAAGAACAAAUAGAAAAAGCCUUCGAUUCCAUUGAGGAAAAAAAAAAAAAAAAAACUCUUCAUCUUCGCUUCUUCCAAGUCCACCGCCGUCCGGUCUAUCAAUUGUUGAGUCUAUUUUUUUUGCUUCAACCAGAGGCUACAAGAUCUUCAUUUUAUGGAUAAUAAGAAACCUGGCAAUGACGGAACUGCCGACGAAGUGACACGGGAGUCACUCAUUGCUAUCUCUUACUCGUUACCGGACAAAGUUGUUGCUGCCUCCAAACUCUCGUCCGAUAAUUCAAACCGUGAAAAGCUGUUCGAAAGAAAAGGUUCCGAUGGGGACGAAAAAUACAGGUCCGAAUUGAUCUCAAUAUCAUAUUCCCAGUCACCCGAAGGUAAGGGCUCGCCGUCUACGUUGAAUGGACCUAAGCAUUAGAAGUGCUGUUGUUCACUGUGUUUGUUGUAAGUUGUACAUUUUGGAUUUGGUCAAACUGCCAAUUUCUCAGUUGAAGUUGAUUAAUUUGCUAUAUAGGACCUUACAUGAAGUUUUCAAUCAA